CGAGAAAGCGUUUUUUCUUUGACUGAAAAAACAACUCUGUCACUUAGCAAUGACGUCGACUGGGGCAGCGAACGCCGGCGCUUCCUGCGCAUCUGAUUGUAACACAGCGAAGCCAACUCCGCGACGCAGGCGGAAGGCCACCGUAACUCGACGCAAGGUGCACAGCACGCUGACACAAACGCUACACGCCAUCUAGAACCUUAACAUUUAACCGAUGCCACAGGAGGAAAUCGAAGAACUGGAAGAAGAGGUGAAAACGUUGCAAGCUCAAAUUGCUGCGUUGCAGAAGAAUGCACAUACGUCCGCUAUACGCUCCGAACUGGAGCAGGAUUUACUCGAAGCAAGCGUCAUCCGCCAGGCCGUACUACAGCAGCAAGCCUCACUUGUAAAUGUCCAGUCCGCUCUCUCCAGAAUGACGAUGACAGAGCCUGGAGCCCCACACGCGUCGAGUAUUCGUCUUGGAACUGACCUCGAAGCGCGCUGGAAGACGCUGAUGGAGAUGAAGCCACUCAAACUACAAGCAGCGCAGUAUUACUUAAAGGAAAGAGGACGAUAUGUAGACGACACUAGUGCAUUCUCCUACUCUACGCGAUUCGUAGAGCAGAAUGGCUGCUACUGCGGCCAGAUCUACGACGUCGUGCCGUUCGAAGGCGUCAGCUCCGUCAAAACUGUGUUUGACGCUCUCAAUUACUAUUUUUCCAAUAUGGAAAUCCGUGUCACAGAGAGUCUAGGAGAUAUUACUAUUCGAGAAGACGACGGGAGCUCCGAGCCGGGGAUUGCGCAAUGCCGCUUUGUGUCGUACUUGACUAGCGGCCCGUUACUUGAGAUGAACAGUAUUAUCUGCUCAGAGUUCAGAGAGGCAGACGACGAGUACGGCGAUGGCGGGCCAGUGGGGAUUUUUACGGAGGAUUUUGUGGACCAGGAUGAUCUGUAUCCGUAUCUUCCCGACGAGCGUAUACGGCAAGAUGCAACCGUCGUGACGCAGGUUCGGUCUCAUGUGAAGAAGGGUAAAAACGCCGAAGGAGUUGAAGAAGAACGGUCGAUUGUCGUGAUGCAACGCUGGGCUCACUGCAGAAUUCACAAGACGAAGCUGCCGUUAUCACCAGAAAUUUUUCAUGAGAUUAGAGAAAAGAGUUCGCAUUGGGGCGACGUCAAGCUUAUUGCUGUCCGAGAGAUGGUCUACUGUUCGACCAGGUAACUUCAACACUAUCGUAACGGGACAGAAGAAAGCGUCGUGAAGCUAAUUGCACACGUCCCAAUGGUACACAGGGGAAAAUAGCCACGUGAUAGGUACUGUUAUCAGCAUGUUGCCGGGGUUCGGGAGAAACUCAACUGCAGUCUUGAGUUGUUUGACACUUGUCCUUUUUUUUAUGCGACUAAAAGUGAACAUUUGCCAACACUUUCGCGAAAGUGCUAUAAUCGUGAAUGUAGCUAUUUUCUACGUCAUCAUAGUUUAAGAAUGACACGUUAUACUUAUCUAAUGCUUACUACUUAAUUACCGGCUUGAUAGGCUCUAUUUGACGUAGAUGUUGAGUCGAAUAGACCACUUCAAAAGAUUAUUCGCAAGGUAUAAAGA